AUGAAGCAGUGGAAGCGGCUAACGGGUCUGGCGGCGAAGGGCAGAGCGGGCGAUGCGCGCGCAGCGGAGAGGGCCUCGGGGACGCCGCCAGGCUCGCAACAGGCGGCAGGUGGGGGCGGAGCGGGCAGGGCGAGGAGCAGCGGCUUGGCGGAGGGAAUGAGGGCCAUGGCGGUGACGCAGACGGACUCCAUCGAGGACGAGUUCCAACAGGGCUUGCAGGAGGUGGGGGAGAUGAGGGACAAGUACGAGAGGCUGCUGGCAGCCGUGGCGGACGCACAGGAGAGAGCAGCAGAGUGUGCGGAGGCGCUGCACCAGCUGGCGGCGGUGGUGGCGGACGCGUUUGGCGGCGUGGAGGAGGGCGGCGCCGGGGACACCCUCAUGGCCGCCGCCGCUGUAGAUGGCCGCCUGGCUGAGCUGCUUUACUUCUAUGUGAGCUGCUCUACUUCUAUGUGA